AUGCCUUCAACGGCACUUGCAUCACGGAUUCGAUUUGAAAAUGGGUCAUCGGUAAACUCUGAAGCCUCAGAGUCGGCUUCAUCACAACACAACUUGGCCCAUGGCCAGGCGGCCUACGGGGCUCGAGGUCGACAGAAAGACACGACUGAGACGACAUCUGCCGCGAUUCGACCAGACUUGACAUCGCAGGCGCAAAAAGUACCAACGGAAGUUAUGAGGCAGCUUGGUUCGUUGCCAGUUCGGAGAGCUUGGAGGGGACGAUCAGGCGAGGCACCACCAGAUGUGUCCAAAGCUCCUGUUGUAGAAGCCAUCAUGCUUCACGAGAGAGGAGAAGUGCAGGCUUCAGAACAGCAAUGCCCCAAGUGUCAGAGGGGAGAAGGUGUGUCACCUGAAUGCGUGAAAAUUCCGAGCAUUCAUGGCGGAGCAUGCAGCAAUUGCCUGAUAGCCCGGGCUCUCGCCCGCCCGGGAUCGGCUGUCCGGUUGACCCGGAGUUAUUCAGCGGAACGUCGGUCCAUCUCUGCCACCAUCUCACCAUCAAUUCCCAAGGAAGAUCUUAUUGCCGUCUGGAAUCUGAUUGCAGGAGUCAUGUCGACACAGCCACAAGAUUGCCUAUUCGAUGAUGGCACAGAGCCUCCAGGAAAAAGAAUCGAGGAUGCGGCGCGUUUGGUUGCAAGGUCGGCAGAUGAGUGGGGACACAGCGUCAGGGAGGGAGGUUCGGAAUCAAGCAAGUCGCCGAAAACACCAGCAGAGAGGCAGAGGCUAGUGAGGCAAGCAAAUCGUAUUCGAGAAACAGCUUUGCAGAUUGCCAACUGCGCGCGGGACUGGGGCGAGAAGCUGGAACGCAAAAGAUCGACAUCUCAGCUGCGAGGGUAG